AUGAACAUUCUUCAUAGGCGCGCAGGUCAAGCGGAAGGAUCAUCAGAAGGUGUGAACUCGGAUCGCAGAAGCCUGGCAGUCGACGGCAAGAGCCGUUUGUCAUUCCCAACCGCCAAAAGAAUGUCUAUCCAAUUCAACACGCUCGGGGUUCAAACAGGACAAAUGGGACGCAAUAACAAGAACAAAAACAUGACUUUCGACCGUGAUCGCCAGUUAAGCAUCAAACCCCACUCCGAGACUGAAGCUGGACAAAAGCGAAAAUCCGAAGGUGCACUAGCAAUCCAACUAACUGGUGUUCUCAGACCGACUGUUCUAAAGGACGACAAGUCUGGAGGCGAAAAGUUGCAUGUGGAGAUCCCAGCUGACCCGGAAUUCACUGCGGACGACUUAUUAGACAAACAUGAGAUACCACCAGGAAUGGUCGAUGGGCCAAAGGGUACCACAUGCAACAUCAAACCCUCAUUUGGACAACCAAGUCGUGAGUGUCUCAAAUGCCGUCAAAUUGCCAACUUGGGACCCUUGCAGCAUGCUUCCAUCAGCGAGAAAGAUGAUGAAAAAAAUAUCGUUUCUCUCAACGUGUUCUUCUACGGGGGAAAGAAA